GUGUCUGUGAUGCGAAUGAACAGACUUGAGACUUUUCUGGCCAGCAAGGCAAGUGACACGGUGACAGUGACGUCCCUGCUCCAGCUGUCCCCAAAGUUCCCAAUGGUCACAAUCACCAUCUGCUGCCCUGACCCCCAGCCCAGGCAGGGCUGCCAGUUAAAUAGCGUGGAUGCUGACAAAUCAGUGCGCAAGGGCAAAAUAUCCUUAAGAUGCCGUCAGUUUGCUCAUGUUGAAGUAUGCCAGAGUCAACCUGAGUCAAUUACAAGCUCUGCACAAAAACAGGUCCAGGACUUGGGAGAAGCUCAGCGUAUAGAGGAGAGUUUGCCGCUAGCAUACAAAACUCGGGAGCAGAAAGCAGUGAACAACAAUUUCCCAUUUUCUUCUCAUGACAACAGGCACUGUCUACAGAAUGUUGGAGAGUACUUUGAUUCCGGUAUGGGCAGAAAGAAACCGCCACCAGAGAGACGGCAGCAGAACUCGCAUAACUUCUUCCUAUGGGCUCAUGAAUCAGUUCCCAGCAGGGAGGAUGGCUUAACCGUUUAUCAGACAUCAUUUGUGAGAGGACAAAGUAUUGAGCAGCCAUUUGGUAGGCGGUAUCCAAAACACCACUCAGAAAAAUGGUGCACUGGCAAACCUGUUCCUGGGAACGAAGAAAACCUGCAGCCAAAGAAGUCGUCUUAAUCAUAGAAACACCUUUGUAGCACUGACUUAUAUCAUCAGAGCCUUUUCUCGAGAUCAGAACUACUCGUUACUCAAAUGGAUGGUGAAAUAAACGCUUGUGUAAAGUGAAUGUGGUGGUGCAGUCGAGAGUUCAUUGAAAUCGGAAUCGUAUGUUCUGAAGACAUACAUUACUUUAAAAACUUUAAUGAAGAAGAGCAUUAUAAGAAAAAGCAUGAUUCUGUGUACUUUUAGAAAUACAUCUGUUAGGAGGACAGAGGUAGAGAUUAUACUCGUGUUGUUCAGUACUGGUUGACCCUCAUCUUGAUACAGAAGCUCCUUCACCUCCAGAAUGAGCAGUGUGGCUGUACCUCCCACAGCCAACAGCAUC